GCGAGGUAAUAACAUGCGGUCGCCAACGCGCUUCAAUCUUUUGGCGCACCGAACACCCAGUUCGGUUCAGCGUGGAUGCAACACAUUUGUCGCAAAUUCACUUAGCAAUCUCAAAUCCUUUGUUUGUAUAUUUAUUUCAAAUAGAAUGGCUGACGAAGGGACGACAGAGCACCGUGAGUUGGUUACUACUGCGUACUCAGACGCGCAUGGCGCUAUGGACCGGCUUUCCACUUGAGAGGACACAGAGAACCCUGCGAAAUACAACUCAGUGCAUAAGAACCACUCCGUUCCGUUAUCUCUUGGGGAGAUUAUGUGGAACUCGACCGAAUCGGAGGGAACAUCCGACGGUGGAAAGGAACUGGUCAUCCGGACAGUGACGGGCUGUUUGCUCUCCCUGCUCAUCCUUUGGACACUGCUGGGAAACCUUAUGGUGUGCUCUGCCGUGCUACGAAUUCGGCAAUUACGAAGUAAAGUGACCAACAUUUUCAUCGUUUCUUUGGCUGUGUCGGAUUUAUUCGUUGCAAUUCUGGUGAUGCCAUGGAAAGCUGUGGCUGAGGUGGCGGGUUAUUGGCCAUUUGGCACUUUUUGUAAUUACUGGGUGGCGUUUGACAUUAUGUGCUCAACUGCGUCUAUCCUCAACCUCUGCAUUAUCAGCGUGGAUAGAUACUGGGCCAUAUCAAGUCCGUUCCGCUACGAGAGAAAAAUGACCCAACGAGUUGCCUUUGUGAUGAUAAGCGUCACGUGGACUUUGUCUGUUCUCAUUUCAUUCAUACCCGUCCAACUGAACUGGCACAAAGCCAGCGAAGACGAAAUAGUCAGAGCGCAUAACGCCUCCUUGGGUCAAGUAGAAGAAAACUGUGACUCUAGUCUCAACAGAGAAUACGCCAUAUCGUCAUCUUUAAUAAGUUUCUACAUACCCGUAGCAAUUAUGAUUGUGACUUACACGAGAAUCUAUCGGAUUGCUCAGAUCCAAAUCAGGACUAUAGCGUCCCUAGAGCGCGCGGCAGAGCACGCCACAAGUUGCAGGACCAACAGACUCGAGUGCCAACACCACAAUACAUUGAAAACAUCUAUUAAAAGGGAAACAAAAGUUUUAAAAACAUUAUCGAUCAUUAUGGGUGUUUUUGUGUGUUGUUGGUUACCUUUUUUUAUUUUGAACUGCAUAGUUCCAUUCUGUGACAAACCACAGACUGACCAAGAUGCAAGUCUCCCCUGCGUCAGCGAGACAACAUUUGACGUCUUUGUGUGGUUUGGCUGGACUAAUUCAUCCAUGAAUCCUAUUAUUUACGCUUUUAACGCAGAGUUCAGAAAAGCAUUUGCCAGUCUGCUGGGCUGUCGUAAUUUCUGCUCCAGCACACCAGUUGAAACUGUGAAUAUUAGCAACGAGUUGGUCUCCUACAACCAGGACACACUUGUCCAUAAAGAAAUCGUGAAUGCCUACGUCAAUAUGAUCCCCAACGUAGUGGAAUGCAUUGAGCACGAGGACACGUUUGACAGGAUAUCACAGCUAACUCACAACAAUGAAAAUGGCACCGACUCCGUUUGUGACUUGGACGACUGUGAGGAAGAGAUUAGCAUCGACAGGAUGACACCAUUUACCCCCAAUGGUUUACAUUGAAUUCACUUGUCUCACCUCGUGCGUAAGAGGAUGUAUUGCUUCAAUCAGAUAUGUGAGGUGUGGUGUUGUUGUCCCAUGCUGAAACGUGACGUAAAUGUGUGUCUUAUAAGAGAAGACACCAGUCUUUGUUUAUUCAUAUGAUCUCUAAAAGUUAUAGCUUCUAUGUAUUUGGAA